GGGAUAUAAAAUAGGGUAUAGGGUAUGAAAGAGAAGGAAAAAUUGAAAGAUGAGUCAAAUUGUGGAAAAGCACUUUGCAAAGCUUCCCCCCCCCGGGCGCGCUGUCUCUGGGCCUCGGAAUCAUUUCUUGUUCUCCUUGUAGGUCUGCGUCGCCCGCUCGUGCUACCUAUGGCAGUGCACGCUCCGAUUUCUCUCUCAUCGAAACCCAGCAAUUUCCGAUCUAGGGUUUAACAAUUCACGUCCGAAUUCGAGCAUUCCGUUACCAAAACAAAACAGCCAGUUCUGAAUCUAUGAGAUCAGAUCAGGAUUGGUCCCAAUUCACGGUCUCCACCAGAUCGUGAAAAUGGAUUCGCAGCCUUCCCUAUCGGUGAGGUUCUUGGACCGUAGUAGUAACAGUGAAAAAGGCCUUGCCCGCACCAAUUCGUCUCCGUCCAAAUCGAGCUCUUCAGAUCCCAUUAGCCAGAGCUUAGCUUCUAUCCUCAACAAUCCCCACUCCACCGUUUCAGUUACCGCGUCUGAAUUCUUGCCUUUGGCCGCGAAUAAGGCCGGUUCGGAACUUAGCCGAUCUGAUUUUGGGCAGUAUUUGGCUUCGAUCUCGGACCCCUAUGGCCGAUUCGAGGACAUUCGGAACCACAGCAAUAGAGAGAGCGUGGAGGAUUUGGCUAGCAUUGGCGAGGGUGGCGAUGCACUGGUGGCCUGUCUCCGCCAAGUGCCGGCGUUGUAUUUUAAGGAGGACUUCGCGUUGGAGGACGGUGCCACGUUCCGCGCCGCGUGCCCGUUCGCCACUAUGCCGGAGAAUUUGGUGCUUCAAGAGAAGCUAUCCCAGUACUUGGACGUGGUGGAGUUGCACUUGGUGAAGGAGAUUUCACUGAGGUCGAGCUCAUUUUUUGAGGCGCAGGCGCAAUUGGGAGACUUGAAUGUGAAGAUUGUGGAGGGGUGUAGCCGGAUCCGGGACCUCAAGGAGACCAUAAGGCUCUUGGAUGCGGAUUUGGUGGAUUCCGCUAGACAAAUUCAUGAGCUGAACGCAACAAGAAGUAAUUUGUUGGCUCUGCAACAGAAAUUGAGGCUUAUUUUAUACGUCAACCAAGCUGUUUCCACUCUCAAACUGCUUGUUGCAUCCGCAGAUUGUGCUGGAGCUUUAGAUGUCACCGAUGAUUUGCAGAAUUUGCUGGAUGCUGAUGAGCUGGCAGGGCUACAUUGUUUUCGCCACCUUCGAGAUCAUGUCUCUUCUUCAAUUGAUACGAUAAACAGCAUUCUUUCAGCAGAAUUUAUGCGGGCAUCCAUGCAUGAUGUUGGAAAUAUGGAUGCUAUAAUAUUGUCAAGAGCAAAAGCAAGGGCAAACAUACCCACAAAUAGAAACGAUGACGAACAGGUUAAAUUGGAUGAAGAAGAAACCUCCAACUUUCGUGAUCGACUUCUGCCUCUUAUUAUUGGUUUGCUAAGAACAGCUAAACUCCCCUCUGUGUUGAGAAUAUACCGUGAUACGCUCACAGCUGACAUGAAAACUGCUAUUAAAACUGCUGUUGCGGAGCUCCUUCCUGUUCUUCUGGCCCGACCUUCUGAGUCAGAGUUCGCUCCAGCAGAACGAGUAGUGGAUAUAGAUGGCGGUUCGUCACUCGCAAGCAAAUUAAGAAGCUUGUCUUCUGAAAGUUUCGUUCAACUUUUGGCAGCUAUCUUCAGUGUUGUACGGGCACACUUGGUUCGGGCUGCUGAAGUGAAAAAGGCCAUUGAGUGGAUUAUGUGCAAUCUUGAUGGUCAUUAUGCUGCUGAAUCAGUUUCUGCUGCAAUUGCACUUGGUGCAGUGGUUGCACAAACUGCUCAAGAUGCUGAUGGUCAAACUGCUUCCUUUCUGUCAUAUUCUCAGAGGAAUAAUCCUAAGGUGCCUUUACUGCAAGCAAAGGCAAAUGAUAUGAUGACUACAUCAAAUAUUUCAAGAAAUUUCAGAACUGAUGUAUUGAGGGAAAACACAGAAGCUGUCUUUGCGGCCUGUGAUUCUGCCCAUGGAAGAUGGGCAAAGCUCCUUGGGGUUCGUGCUCUUCUUCAUCCAAGGUUGAGAUUACAAGAGUUCUUAAGUGUAUAUAAUAUCACUCAGGAGUUCAUAACUACUACUGAGAAGAUUGGGGGAAGGUUGGGAUAUAGUAUUCGAGGGACGCUACAAUCACAGGCCAAGGCAUUUGUUGAUUUCCAGCAUGAAUCUCGAAUGGCAAAAAUAAAGGCUGUGCUUGAUCAAGAAACUUGGGUUGAAGUAGAUGUUCCUGAUGAAUUUCAAGCCAUUAUCACUUCUCUGUUCUGCUCUGAGAUUUUGACUACUGAGCCCACAGAUGAUACUAAGAGUAAUGUUUCAGCAAGCUAUGGUGAGGUGGUCUCAAGUAGUGAUGGUUCAAUAAUGGCACACACUGGACUGCCAAAUUCUGAGCAGCAUAUUGGCCUAAUUAAUUCUGUUGAAGCAUCUGUAGAUAAUGCUGCACAAUUGAAGUCUUUGCUUAAUGUGGGGCCAACUGAUUAUAACCAGUCUGAUGCUAUAACUACUCCAGCUCAGAGCAACAACACUAACAAUAAAGAACGAGGGAAAUCUUCAUCUCAAACACUUUUAGUCAGAGGUGUUGGUUAUCACAUGGUAAACUGUGGCUUAAUUUUGCUGAAGAUGUUGUCAGAAUAUAUUGAUAUGAAUAAUUAUUUGCCCGUUCUGUCUUCUGAAGUUGUUCAUCGUGUUGUUGAAAUCUUGAAAUUUUUUAAUACGAGGACUUGCCAGCUUGUUCUUGGUGCUGGUGCCAUGCAGGUGUCUGGUCUAAAAUCUAUUACUUCUAAGCACCUUGCUUUGGCAAGUCAGGUCGUCAGUUUUACCUAUGCAAUUAUUCCUGAGAUCAGGAGGAUUCUAUUCACCAAAGUACCUGAGACACGAAAGGCAUUGCUUCUGUUAGAGAUUGAUCGAGUUGCACAGGAUUAUAAAAUUCACAGAGAUGAGAUACAUUCAAAACUUGUUCAAAUAAUGAGAGAGAGGUUAUUGGUUCACCUUCGUGGGUUGCCACAACUUGUUGAGAGUUGGAACAGGCCAGAAGAUUCUGAUUCACAGCCAAGUCAGUUUGCUCGAUCCAUCACAAAGGAAGUUGGCUAUCUUCAGCGUGUAUUAUCCCGAACUCUGCAUGAGGUUGACCUUCAAGCAAUUUUCAGGCAAGUUGUUAUAAUCUUCCACUCACAAAUUUCAGAAGCAUUUUCCCACUUAGAUAUUAGUACUUCUCAAGCCAAAAACAGGCUCCGUCGAGAUGUUCAGCACAUUCUUGGGUGCAUCCGAUCACUGCCUACUGGUGAUAUAAGUAACUCUGGUACCUCAAAUUGGGGACAACUUGAUGAAUUCUUGGUUCAAAGAUUUGGUCACGAAGCUGGUCAGUAAGCAUUAGUCAAAAGUAGAAAAUUGGUUAUAUCUUUGAUGACAGCUACCCAGAUCUGAUUGAGACAUCAUGGGGAUGUGAUAAGCAAUGUUCAACAUGUGCUAUCUACAUUAUAUAACAGAAUGGCGGCAACAAGAUUGAGACAGUUAUUCAAGGUGUUUGCUUUGCUCGUGGGUUAAUGAUACGGCUAUGUAACAUUGAAAUUUUGUGGCAAGAAGAGUCCUUACCCACAAUUUUGUAGCGGUCAUAAUGAAUACAUGUAACGAAUAGGGCCUUUGACGGUUUGGUACUGUGGUUGUAAAGUUUGGCUUUAGUUAUAACCCUUCCUUGUUUUUAUCUUUGAAUCCUAGGCAAAGUGAAUAGUGUCAUUGUUUUAUGUUUACCUUUUGUACAUUUUCUGGAAAGACUGAAACCGGUUUGAUUGAUAGAUGAAUUAGUGUUUCCUGGAUUACAUUCCCAUUUCCAAUCAUGAAUAAAUUCUCUUCCCCCUGCUCUUGCUGUUUCA